AUGAAACGUCGCGAAGAGAGUCCUCAUGAUCAAGUAAGAGCUCCACAAUCCAGUGCUUCUGUCUUUCCGCAUACAAAAGCGGCGGCAGGCCCUCGUGAUGACAGCGUUGGCUUCCUGGUUGCCCAGGACAAAGUGGAUGCGGCGGUAAACAAGUCUGUCGACGUCCAGCUGGAGGCUGAGGCUGCCUCUGAGCGUGCUGCGCAGACUGAGAGAACUGCGAGCGAAAUUCGGCAGUCGAAACGCGAAAUGCUAGAAUGGAUGAGGAACCUGGAACGCCAGGUUUUUGGGUACGCGCAGAAUGGAUAG